AUGGAUAGCCGCAGCACUGCACUACACCAUACGCAACAUGGUGGCACAACUGACUCGGACGAAGAAGCAGACGUAUACGACUGGAAGUCGUCACGGGUGGAAGGGAGUCAAGAUGCCCCGCGCUCCCGAAAGAAUUCGACCCGAAGAGGAUCCAAGCAACCACACGAGGAGGAGCAUGAGAAAGGGACGGGAACAGUCGAAGCGCCUGAAUCAGACUAUACAGAUUCCUCAGAAGGAGCUCCAGAAGACGAACACUUGCCCCAUCCUUUUUAUCAUUAUGCCGCCGAAAAGCGAGACACCUACGCCGAUGCCAAACUUAUCUAUCAGCGGCAUCGAUUGGACACUAAAUCUGAGAAGGAUCUAGGCAGUCCGUUGAUGUUGGGCAAGUCCUACACCAUGCCCAACUCUGCCAUGGAUGGAGAAGUGGGAACUCUACAGCGGACUCCCAGCAUGGCAUCGAGACAGUCUCGCGUCUCUCAACGUGGCGCUGGGCCCAGUGGCUUCCAACUCAACCAUAGCAAGGAAUCAUUUCCUUCAUUGCAAACCCACGCAGGCAACCUUCAAGAGAUGCGCCCGGAUCCGACGCUGCUUGCUGAUGCCGCUGCGCGGGAUCACAAACGUCACCCGGGCCUUCCGCACGAGUUCAAGGAUCCUCUGCUGGCACAUGAAGGUAUGCAUGGUGCUGGCGCCGGUAUGGGUCUGGGAUCUGGCCCUGGUGGGCUCGCCACGAGCGAUGAAUCGAUCAUUAGUGAAGUGCGCUCGAUUUGUGACAAGAUCAAGACAGUGCUGGAUUUGAGGCAGAAGUAUCUCAAAGUCUCAAUGCAGUGUCCGGGGGUCAAUCCCAAGGACGAAGAAACCUGGGAGAUAUAUCCACCUCCGCCAAACCCGGUGUGGAACGAGCAAAAGGCUCGGGAACCACCUCAGGACUACAUCCCUCCCAACAGCACCUCGAGCAGUCUGUACAUGAUCGACAUGCGGGCUCGAAAUGCAAGUGGAGGUGAGUUGAACAUGUGGCCGACUAAUGCAAGUCAGGCUGGCUCUGACCGGGGUCCACCGUCACCCACCAGCGCCAAAAAGGCGAGGAAGCCUGGCCACGCCAUCGGCGAGGAUUUCGACUUGAGCGAAUGCAUUAUUCCGGGAAAGCAAGCCAAGAGCUUGCGCUUCGAGAUGGACGCCGGAAGUGUCUAUCAGGUCUACGAUGAGAACGGCCAGCCUAUCGCCGACGUACCGACUCUGCGAGACUAUUAUGUGGCGCUGGACACAAUCCUCGACAUCGCUUCGGACGGGCCAGCGAAGAGCUUUGCCUACCGCCGCCUGCAAUAUCUGGAAGGGCGAUACAAUCUGUACACUCUCUUGAACGAGUAUGAAGAGGUAGCAGACACAAAGAAGGUGCCUCAUCGGGACUUUUACAACGUGAGGAAAGUGGAUACCCACGUGCAUCAUUCUGCGUGCAUGAACCAGAAGCAUCUGUUACGUUUCAUCAAGAGCAAGAUGAAGAAAUGCCCUGACGAAGUAGUCAUCGAGCGUGAUGGCAAAGAAUUGACCUUGAAGGAGGUCUUUGACAGCAUCAAUCUCACCGCCUACGAUCUGAGCAUUGACACUCUUGAUAUGCACGCGCAUACGGACUCGUUCCAUCGCUUCGACAAAUUCAACUUGAAGUAUAAUCCAAUCGGACAGUCGCGGCUUAGGGAUAUCUUUCUCAAGACGGACAACUUCAUAAAGGGGAGAUAUCUUGCUGAGAUCACCCGCGAGGUUAUUACUGAUCUGGAGUCAAGCAAGUAUCAAAUGGUUGAGUGGCGAAUCAGCAUUUACGGACGCCAUAUCAGCGAAUGGGACACCCUAGCUGCAUGGGUCGUCGACAACAAGUUGUUCUCUCACAAUGUCCGAUGGCUCAUACAGAUCCCACGACUGUUUGCCCUGUACAAAGCUCUGAAGACCAUGGAAGAUUUUGAAGAACUCCUCCGCAACAUCUUCCAGCCUCUGUUCGAAGUAACACAGGAUCCCUCCACGCAUCCCAAGCUUCACGUCUUCCUCCAACGGGUGAUCGGCUUCGAUAGUGUCGACGAUGAGAGCAAGGUGGAACGACGGCUGUACCGCAAAUACCCUGCGGCGAAGGAAUGGAACACCAAGCAGAACCCACCAUAUGGAUACUGGAUCUAUUACCUUUUCGCAAAUCUGACCUCUCUCAAUGCCUGGCGCAAAAGGAGAAACUUUAACACCUUCCUCCUGCGUCCUCACUGCGGCGAAGCAGGUGAUACGGAUCACCUGGCUGCCGCAUUGUUAUGCUGUCACAGCAUUAGCCACGGGAUCACCUUGCGCAAAGUCCCCUUGUUGCAGUACUGCUUUUACCUCGAGCAGAUUGGCAUUGCCAUGUCCCCACUAAGCAACAACGCGCUUUUCUUGACCUACGACCGUAACCCCUUCAUCAGCUACUUCAAAAAGGGUCUCAACGUCUCUCUUUCGACGGAUGACCCCUUACAAUUCGCCUUCACCAAGGAACCCCUGAUUGAGGAAUACUCCGUUGCCGCACAGAUCUACAAGCUCUCCGCCGUCGACAUGUGCGAACUGGCCAAACACUCAGUCGAUCAAUGCGGCUUCGAGCUGUCGCUCAAACAACGCUGGUUGGGUAAGUAUUGCUACCUGCCAGGCGUGCUGGGCAAUGAUGUCGCCAAGUGCAAUGUGCCCGACGUCCGAGAAGCAUUCAGACACGAAACAUUGAAGGCCGAGCACGCGUUCAUUGCGAAAUACACCAACGACUACAGUCAUUUUGAUCGAUGUACCCCUGACUUGCCCGAUCCCUCCGAUCCAGCUACGCCAGUGGACGAGAUAUACCGAGGUCUGGAGAGUCCGAAACAAUACUAUGCGACAUUGGCGGUGGCUGAUUCAAUUGCUCCUGCUCAGCAAGCCAGAGAGAGAGAGCGGGAAGCAGCUCUGUCCAAGUCAAACACGAAUAUGCCUGCGGGUAAUACUUCACCCACCCGGCUACGAAGGACUUCGAGCGUCCUAUAUCCAGCGACGUCGAACCCUGCGGACGCACAUAUCUCGGGCCAAGAGCCACGCGUGUUUCCGGGCAUCGUGCACCAACGAGAGAGGAGACGCAGUUUACGUGUUGGUUCUGGUAAUUCGGAGGGCACGGGCCAGCACUCGUCGGACAUGGCCAGCAGCUUACAAUUGGAGCCCGGGCUCGCCAAGAUCACACUGAGGGAGGACAGGGAGAUGCAGAUGGAGCAGGAUGACAGCUGA